AUGAAUCUCUUUGGGCGGCAAGCGAUUGAAGGUGCUCUUCCUCCACCACCUGGAGUGACUCCAAAUUUUGUCAACCCGCCUAGCAUUGCUAAAUAUAAUGUUCUUUGUCAGGCCGUCUGUGUACCGGUUGUCACUGUAUUCGUAGUCAUACGAUUGUAUACGAGAGUCUUUAUACAUCGAAAAACAACGGGAGAUGACUUGGCUUGGUAUGGCGCUGGAGUCCACCAAUGGGAUGUUCCAGCUACAGAUAUCAAAAUGUUUGGAAAAUUAGUUUAUGUGACUCAGAUGUUGUACGGGCCGCAAGUCUUUGCGACCAAGGUCGCAAUUCUACUUCUAUUGUCUCGCAUAUUUGGCGUCAGCAAUAAGAUGUUGUGGGCGAUACGAGUGCUGAUCGGCUUGAUGGCACUAUACUAUGUUCCUGCAACAGCAGCAAAGAUAUUCAUAUGCUGGCCGGUCGCCCAUUUCUGGGACCCUCUAGCCAGAAAAGGCACUUGUCUUAACGAGAACUCGAUAUUCCUUGCUGAUUGUACCAUGAGCAUUAUUAGUGAUUUUACGAUUUUGUUGCUACCAAUACCACUGAUUUGGGGAUUGAAAACUCGUACAAUGCGGAAGAUUGGGGUCUCGAUCGUGUUUGGAGCCGGCAUUUUAGCGUGCACCGCAAGUGUUCUGCGUCUUUAUGAAACACUACAUCUUGGGGGUACUCUGGACAAGACUUAUGGUCUAGUACCUAUACUCCUCUGGAGGCAAGUGAACAUCGGCAUUAUCUGCGGCUGUUUGCCAUUUCUCCCAUCCUUCAUUAAAAUGACGUUCUUCAAGUCUCCAAGCCCGAACGAUUCCACGGAAAACAGUAGUUAUUAUCGUCUGGAACGAAUAUCAAAACCAAAGCGCAACGUUGAUGAUUCUAUCUUGCGAACACAAACGAGAAUGGACGAUUCGGAUGAGCGCUUAAACGUGGAACAAUCUACACUUGCACAAGUUAAUCAAGGCAACAAUAUAGGAAAAGGGGCUGGGAUAAUGAAGGAGAUAGAAAUCGAUCCAAGGAUUUGA